UACAUGUCACUUGCAAUAACCCUAAUCAUUAAUACAUAAUGGGCCUCUGUUAGUUUUAUUUGUAUUUCUAUUUUUCUUCACCUCUUCUAUUGUCCCUGUCAUUUCAAAUUAUUUUUACAUUUUAUUUCUAGUCCUGUUUAUUCCUAUUCCCUCUAUUGAUUGUGUUAAUUCCAUUAUAUAAUUAUUCACUAAACUGUAAUAUUUCCCUUUUCCAUUUGCUUUUUCCACCAACCACAUUUCCCCUUUAUUCUGGUAUCUCAGGACAAAUGCUCUCUCAGCCCUACACUUCUAUAGUGAUAUAUGAUAAACCUAUUCUACAUAUUUCUAGCACUUACACAUUCAUACUCUUCAUUAACUUAUUUUCUUGUUUAGUUUUAGAGAUCCCUAAACCGUAUAUCCGUUUGGCUGGAGCAUGCAUUAGUUUGUUGAUAAUUGGACUUCUGGCAUUAAGCAUUCGUUUCUGCAACAAGCAUGUGAAAGAAUUAAAAAAACGUGAGGAAGAGGUGCGGAGUCUUCAAGUAGUUGUACCAGGAGUAAAAAUACACAUAGGAGAAGAAGGGAACUCUAAGGAAAAUGAAGUGACUCCUAAUACAGAAAAUAAUAAUAAAGUGGGAGAAAUAUCAGAGUCUGCUACAAUAACGGAUGUCCCUCAAGAGAACUGUGCUGAAACAGAUAAAGAGAUUAUAGAUGUUGAAUCACAGCACAUGAACGAAGAUACCACUAAAAAACAAAAAAAUAAAAAUUGGAGGAAAUAUCUUCCUUUUACUAAAAAAACCAAUCCACCUCCUGAGAACGGUGUGGAAACAGAUAAAAAGCUAAAGGAAAGUUGGAAGAAACUACUAAAACUACUAAAACUACUAAAAGUAGUAAAACCACGAAAACCAGAAUUAGCAGAGGAAACAGAUGAACAGAACAAGAAAGUUCAUGAAACGCAAGUAGAGGAAGUUGAUCAGAAGAAGAAAAAAAGAAUAUGGAAAUGGAAAUGGAAAAAGAAAAGGGCAGAAAUGACACUUCUCCCGAAAUAAAAACCAAAGUCGAAGGAGGAGCAGUUCAAAAUAAAAAAUGGAAUAACGGCAGCCCUUUCCUCGUGAGGCAAUUACGGGCGACU